AUUGGUUCAAGGUAGGUGGUGAACGGUCCGACCCGUAUGCAGCUCUAUCUCAUUCUGGUUCUAUCCGCGCCAAGCUCCCGCUGUCUUCCCCAGGAAGUAUGAGAUUACCUGCCUUGCUCGUUAACAGGAAGUGAACGAGAUUACCUGUCUCGUACUAUGCUAACUUCCUGUGUAUAUAUUUGGUUAUUCAUACCAACGUUAUUUCAAUUCUGCCAAACGGUCGUUGACAAACGUUUAUCUCGCCACCUUCGGAAAAUAUAGGGUAAGUUUCUCACCCUUCUUUAUCUUAUAGGGAUACAUAACAAUAUAUAGAUAUUUAAAAAGGUAAAGGGCCCUGCUUUGAUCAUGGAGGACUAUAGGAUUGAACCUAGAAAGUUCCCCUCCGAGGCACAAGUCCAAGCAAGGUUGUUUAUGGAAGACCAGCUUUCACCCGUGCAUACCAGCCUCUCCUCUGCACACCAUUAUAUAUAUACAUAGGGUGAAGGGUAAAGACUCCCUUCGGUCGCGAAUGACCAUAGGAUUGAACCUAGAAAGUUGUUUCCUCUUUUGGGCCAUGUUUUUUAUUCUUUAUUUCUUGUCUCUGGUUUCUUUCAAUAAUAAUAGUAGUUCUCUUCUUUCUUUUCUUUUACCAUAUCUGUCACCUGUCACCUCAACCACUGUCAUUGAUCACCAUGGUUACACAUUCUGGACAAUCCUUGGCCACCACUAAUGCUGCACCUCUUAACCAGAAUUCCAAGAGUCCAGCUGUGGUCAACGCUCAGCUGAAGCAGGACUUCAUCCCCAUUGCUAGCAACAAUCCAGUUGUCACUGCCAACACACUUGCACGGAAUACAAUCAAUGGGACGAACAUUGAAGCGACGGGGGCAAGGCCUAGAAAACCUUGUAAUUGUACAAAAUCUCAGUGUUUAAAGCUGUAUUGUGAUUGUUUUGCAAAUGGUGAGUUCUGUCACAACUGCAACUGUACGAACUGCGCUAACAACCUGGAACACGAAGAGGAGCGGUCCCGUGCGAUCAAGGCCUGCCUCGAUCGGAACCCUCUCGCUUUCCAUCCAAAGAUUGGCAAAGGUAAAGGCAAAGACGGUGAUGGCGAUCGGCGCCACAAUAAAGGCUGCAACUGUAAACGGUCCGGCUGUCUGAAGAAUUACUGCGAAUGCUACGAGGCGAAGAUAAUGUGUUCGAGCAUCUGCAAAUGUGUUGGUUGUAAGAAUUUUGAGGAGAGCAUGGAACGGAAAACGCUCAUGCACCUCGCAGAUGCAGCAGAAGUGCGCGUGCAACAACAGAGUGUAUCUAGGACUACAUUAUUAGUGGCUAUAGUUGUCGUUGUUUGUUUAACCCAUGGUUUGUCCUGUUGCAGGUUGCCUUACACGUUUGUAACGAGUGAUGUGGUGGGGGAGACUUGUGUGUGCCUGAUGGCCAGGGCCGAGGAAUCGGAGAAACUGAAGCUGCCCAGUGUGGUCCAAGAACGGAUGGUCAUCGAGGAAUUCGGUCGGUGUCUGAUGAGAAUCAUUGAUUCGGCGCAUAAAACAAAAGGUAACGAAAUUUAUCAGGGGUGAUGGUCACGAUGGUGGAGGGGCUGCAAACAAAGUGGCUGUCAUUUCACUGUGAAGUUUUAGUUUCUCUCUCUCUCUCUCUUUCUCUGUCUGUUUGUCUUUUCUCUUCCUCUCUCUCUCUCUGCCUCCCUCUCUUUUACUUUCUCUCUGCCUCAUUCUCACUUAUUCCCUCUCACUCUUGCUUCUCCUACUUCCCUAUCCUACCUCUCUCUUUCUGUCUCUCUUACUCUCUCUUUCUCGCUCUGUCUCCUCUCCUCCCCUCUCUCUGCUACUCAUCAUCUCUGUCUUUCUCACAUACAUCUCUCAUACUUUCUUACUCUCUGAUUCUAUCGCUCUCUCUCUCUCUCUCUCGCUCUAAUACUUUCUUUCUCUUUUUCAUUCUCUUCUCUCCCACUACUACUCUCUCUCUCUCUUUAACACAUACCUCCUCUCUCUCUAAUGUAUAUCUCUCUUUAUCAUUAUUAUAACUCUCUCUCUCUCUCGCUCCCAUUACUACUCUCUCUCUCUCUCUUUAAACAUUAUACUUCCUCCCUCUCUAACAUGUAUAUCUUUAUCAUUAUUAUAACUCUCUCUCUCUCUCUCUC